UCAGUCUACGCCGGCCUUCUUGGUCAUCCUGACGACAAACGUCCGCGGGUUCUCGCCCUGGUCCUCGUCGGUCAUGGGCAGCUGCACGUCGUAGUAUCGCAUGCACCGCCGCACACACUGCAUAAGCGCCAAGGCCGCCCCCCGGUCCGUGUCAGCAUCUGCCAACCGCAGUGUGAUGUCGGCCGUGUCGGGCAUGAGCAGGAGGGCCAGACUGAAGAGCGAAGUGACGGUGGCUGCUCUCGUGAAGGAUCUCGAUCUCCGGCUGUUGGUGAUGAGCA